UGCGGCCUCUCUCGGGAGCGGACGUGACGCGCGGGGCGCUGCGGGGCCGCUCCCGCGGCGAUGGAGGCGCGGGAGCCGCUGCGGGACGUGCGCGGGGCGCUGCGGGCGGUGCUGGCGCGGGUGCGAGAGGGAGAGCCGGGCGAGGGCCGAGCGCCGUUCGAGCUGCCGCGCUUCUGGGACGCGCUAGGUCAGACAUUCCAAGUAACGUCACAGGAAGCUACAAAGCUGAGUCUGGCAUUCUCAAGGCCUCCACUACCUUCUGCAGAGGAUUGCCGGAAGCUGAGUGAAGAUGUCCAAAAUGCCAUUCUUGCAGUUGCCACAGUGUACUACUGGCUCCCCAAGGGCCAAGGUACUACUCUCCGGAAGAUGGUGCGAGAUGCUACCACUGAAGUAGUGGAAGGGAUGAUCCAGCUCACAGACACAAUUCUCAAUGCUCCAGCGGAGAGCUUGUCUCAGGAACAGCUUAUAUCCACUGGAGGUGUGUGGGAGGCAUGUGAGCAAGUGUCCAACCUGCCACGAGAUAACCAGGCAGCAGUUGCAUCAGCUCUGACUGCGUGUCUGGGUGUGGUCAAGGAUGCUGUGGAGGAGAUGGAACAUGCACUGGUGGAAGGGCAGGAUCCCUAUGGUGACAUCAUGGAAGAUGAAGAGCUGGGCUUUCGGGGCAACAGAGACACAUAUUGGUCAGAAGGUGACCGGCAGCUGCUGAGCUCCUGCAUGGGGUUAAUGAAGGCUUCCAAAGCUUGCCUGAAGAAGGUCCUGGCUGCAGUGAAGGCCUAUGGCAAAGCUGAUUCUCCAGAGCAGAUAGCUCAGCUGGAUGACCUUGCAGACAUUGCUAAUGAGAUCAGUCCAAGUGUUGAUGAGCUGGCACUGAGCAUGUACCCACCUGUGAACCCUCUGGCUGUGCGACUUAAUGCUGCUAAGUUGGCCUCAGUGUUAAAGAAGGUCUUAGAGAUUGCAAAGACAAGCCAUGUGUGUCCACCAUCAGAGGAAGGCUGGGUGCAGUUUCUAGAUGGUGCAGUAGAUCACAACAUGAACAAAAUCAAGAACUUCACGCAGGGUCAACUUUAGCUCUCCUGUGCCUACGUGUGUUGCUGCCACUGGCUCUGGCAUGUGCUUUUCCAGUGAAUCUUGCUGUUCUUCAGCUGCUCGGAGAAUGAGGAGAACAAUGUUUCUAGGAGAGAACCUUACUGCCACUUGGAAAAACUUUUCCAGGAAGUUGCUCUUUGCCAUUGCAGAAGUUGUCAUUUUACUUGGAUUCUUGGGAUGAUGCAGUGCUGCAUCUUAACCUGCCCCGUUCUUCAGACGUUACAACUACUGUGGGGUUCAAGGAACAAUAAAAUAUUGCUAGAUUUGCA